UUGCACAGCAGGCUUCGAAAUUUGUCUUUAGCUAUUUCUAAAUCUAUCCUCGUUAAAAUGGAAUAGCAGGGUAACAGAGAAGAAGGCUAAAACCUGGGGUGCUUGUAAAAAAUGCUCUAAGAAUCAGCGGAAAAAGGGAAGGAGGCGACAGUGGGACCAUCUGUAGGACGCAGAGGAGAACAUAAACAAACACCCGCCGCUCCGCCUUCAAGACACAACCAUGGCUUUGGCAGACGAGGGCAACUACGCCUUUGUGAAACAGGUGGCGCUGGACUGGCGGGAACUGGUGCGCGAGAGGCGUCAGAGCCUAUUGUCGCCCACCCAGAGCAUUUGGAUGGAGGAUGCCCAGCUGCCGAUGGUGGAGCCAAAGGCCCGGACAGUUUCGAUGAUCGCGGCCGAGCGGCGGGAGUCCAGCUUCUACCGGCACCGCUUCUCGCAGCCUAUGCCCGUUGCGAUCGAGCGGCGGGAGGUGGGUUCAAUAUUGGCGGAUUUCAUCCAGGUCAGCGACGACGUCCAGCUCUUCAUCUACCAGCCAAUUCACGUCUCGCCGUCCCUGCGGGCCUCCAUUCAAGCCAUGUCCCUCAGUGAACUCAGUGUGGCCUCCACAAACCCGGAGCAGCAUGUUGUUGCCGAAAAUGCUGCCAAAGAAAGGGAGCCUAUAUUGACACCUGGGACCACGUCGCCCUAAUCGUUAGACUUCCGCGAUUCUUGCGAGGCUAGAGCAAUAAAACUUAUUCCUCGAA